UGGUCUUUCCUGCGCGUGCUCAGCGUUUUGCUCUGCGCGCGCGGGGGUAAAACACGCCGAGGGUAACGUGCAGAGAGAGAGAGAGAGAGAGAGAGAGAGAGUGAGAGAGAGAGAGCGCGCGCUCUCCAGUCCUCAUCAUUCAUGCAGCGACUCCAGCUGCGACUCCUCCGCGGCUUCUCCCGGUAAUGACGCGGGAAAUCACGGCGGUCGCGUGCUCUCGAUCCCCCUGCUGCGGGAUGGCGGAGUGAACGAGGCGGAAGCUCCUGCGCGCGCGGCGCCACCAUGCAGCUACCGAUCGCAGCGCUGUGCCUCGCGCUCGCCCUGGCGGCCACCGGCGCUGCCGCCUCGGAAGACUCAGAUGAGUUGUCUUUAGCUGAACUGGAAGACAUGUUGUUAAGGAAACUAUUUCAUGGUUAUCAGAAGUGGGUGAGACCCGUCCUGCACGCCAACGACUCCAUCACCGUCCGCUUCGGCCUCAAGAUCUCCCAGCUGGUGGACGUGGACGAAAAGAACCAGCUCAUGACUACUAAUGUCUGGUUGUGGCAGGAGUGGACAGACUAUAAGCUGAGCUGGAACCCAGAGAAUUAUGGGGGAAUCACGUCCAUCCGAGUGCCUUCGGAGAACAUCUGGCUGCCUGACAUCGUCCUCUAUGAAAAUGCUGAUGGGCGUUUCGAGGGCUCACUGAUGACAAAAGCGAUCGUCAAGUACGACGGUACAGUGACAUGGACUCCUCCAGCCAGCUACAAGUCUUCCUGCACCAUGGACGUCACUUACUUCCCUUUCGACCGCCAGAACUGUUCGAUGAAGUUCGGUUCAUGGACGUACGAUGGCGCCAUGGUGGAUCUGACCCUGAUCGACCCCCAUGUGGACCGCAAGGACUUUUUCGACAACGGCGAGUGGGAGAUCCUGGACGCCAGCGGGCGGCGAGGGAGCCGUCGUGAUGGAAGCUACUCGUAUCCGUUCGUCAACUACUCCUUCAUCCUGAAGCGCCUGCCUUUGUUCUACACGCUCUUCCUGAUCAUCCCGUGCCUCGGCCUCUCCUUCCUCACCGUGCUGGUUUUCUAUCUCCCGUCGGACGAAGGCGAGAAGCUUUCGCUGUCCACGUCUGUGCUCGUCUCACUCACCGUCUUCCUCCUGGUCAUCGAGGAGAUCAUCCCGUCCUCGUCCAAGGUCAUCCCGCUGAUCGGCGAGUACCUGCUCUUCAUCAUGAUCUUCGUCACCUUCUCCAUCAUCGUCACGGUCUUCGUCAUCAACGUGCACCACCGCUCCUCGGCCACCUACCACCCCAUGGCGCCGUGGGUCAGGAGACUCUUCCUGCAGAGCUUACCCAGAAUGCUGUGCAUGCGUGGCCACACUGAUCGCUACCUCUAUGCGGACAUGGAGCCACACCGGAGUCCGGAGCAGAAGCGUGGGAUGAAGAAAGGGGCGAAGAAGAGUGCGGGAGGAAAGGAGGACGAGUCCUGGGUGGCCAUGCUGGAGAAAGCCACCAGCUCAGUGCGCUACAUAUCCAGACACAUUAGGAAGGAGCACUUCAUCAGAGAGGUGGUUCAGGACUGGAAGUUCGUGGCUCAAGUGUUGGACCGGAUCUUCCUGUGGGUCUUCCUCACCGUGUCCGUACUUGGCACCAUCCUCAUCUUCACUCCGGCUCUGACCAUGUACCUCAGCAGCGCUCCUUAAAAACGCCCCGCAAACCGCAUUACAAACUCGUCCUUAAAACCCACGGGGCCAAAAAAAAAAAGACAGCUUUCCUUCACCAAUACCAACCUAAUACAACCACUGCUUCAAUACAUACCUACUACAUCAUUCUAAACCUUUUAGAUUAGACCUUAAAGGGUUACUCGGACCUGCAAGAAUAUCCGCUCUCACAUAAACGCACCUUGCAGAUAUUCUACCCAAAAACGUUCCAACCGCUCCUCAAAACAACCACUCGUGUAGUGUAGAACCCAAACGUUUACAUCAUCAUGACACGCAUCGAUACGUUCUCAAAUUCUCGAAUCUGAUUGGUCAGAAAGUGUUAAUUUUUGAAAAAAAAAUUUUUUACAUAACAGCGGCUCAGCAAAUCGCGUUUAUACUGAUGCGCACGUUCUGAUGCGUUACCGUUUCCAUAGUAACCGCUCGUUCCCGUUCACACGGGCAGGCUCGUAAACCGCGGAUUAUAACAAAUCAAGAACGACUGUCGACUUCAUGCUCACUUGUCGUUUGUGGGAGGAGUCUCCAACGUCAGUGCUUCGUAACACUUCUAAAUAAAAUCUCCAGGACACUUCGAGACGUGCUGUCACGGACUUCCGCUUCACGCCACCCCGUUGUUGAUUAUUUUCCCAUACCGGGCACCUCGUGAAGUGUUUAAUCGCUCUUACAUCACAGCGAUUACUAUUUCUAUUCAUUAAAGAACGACACGGUGCAAUCACAUUGCAAUCUUUCAUAAACGUACAGUACGUUUCCAAAAACUCCCAUUACCUCACCCGAGCACAAAAUAAUUCACCGAACCUUUACAGUCUCUUCAUCACGCACCAAAAUGUAUCCUACUCCUUUUAAUUCCAUUGGGUGGAGUUAUGAUAAUAAAUGAUAUCCGCACUCCUCGAUGUUUAUUCAACCAUUUUCCUGUACACUGUGUUCAGUACAUAUGAUACAAACCUCACUGAGCUACAGAAGAUGUAUUAAUCAUAGUCUUCAAUAGGACAACACGAAAGCCGGUUCCUUUCGGCUCGGUACCGUCCAUCAGUACACUUUGUGUCGGUCAGAUUAUACUGACGUCGUCUGCGUUAAAGCGUGUACAUGCCUGAGUGUUAACGUCUAUUGUUAAUGUAACUGAAUGCUUACAAGUCUUUUUAUAUGUUGAAUGACAUUAAAGAAACCUCUGACGUAGCGGAUUA